AUGUACAAGACCGUGUUGUUCUCCUUCCUGUGCGCGACGGGUCUCGGGCAACUGGUCGAUCGGACCCUCGAACCGCGGGCCAAUGGUCGCGACGUCGUGGAAACGGUCAUCAAUCGGAUUCGUCGAAGUCGUCUUUUCCAGGACGACAAGGAAUUUCUUCGCCGCCUGGCCUACGCCGAGACCAACUUUGGUGAAGAUCCGAAGACCUAUCGCGAUGCCGCCGUUAACGGUGGCAUCUGGAAAUGUGUCCAGUUAAAUCUUACCCAAUAUAACACAUCGAAUUUGGAUCUCACCACGCGGCUCUUGGGUAUCCAUGAAGGAAUCAAGCGCACCAUGGGAAUCGACUGGAUAAAGGUGGAGGACGGUCUAACGCCACUCUACUCUGGACUCAGCGCGAGUAUCCUCAUUGAUGUGACACGAACAUAUAAAAGCCCGCUCCCUGGGAGCAUCGACGACCAAGACUCCUGGUUGGUCAACUCUUUCAGCUUGCAUAAACGGACGGAAGGCGGCUUCGCUCGACGGGCACGCGAACUUCUCGAGGAAGACUUGCGUAGCACCGGAGGGAGGAUCGACGUCAUGUUGGUUCUUGACGGAAGCUCAACCGUCGGCGAAGAGUCUUUUUCCGCGGCGCUCGACUCUUUGGCCCGGCUGGUCAACAUCUUCGACCUCGAGGAGGCCAACGUCGGCAUGGUCACCUUCUCCGACAGCGUCACCGAACUGAUCCCCCUCAUGAACGAUUUGACCAUGCCAGCACUCCAGAGGGCCAUCCGGUUGACGAGAUAUCCAAAGGGUAGAACGAAGAUUUACGUCGGUAUGAUGGCAGCAAUCGACGAAUUCAAAACAUCACCGGCCUCCCGGAAAGAGAGCGGGGUUCCGAGGCUCAUGGUCGUCUUAACCGAUGGAACUGACGGUUCUGGACCCGAUCCGGCCCUCGCGGCGAAAAAGGCUGCCAAAGCAGGUAUAGUAACAUGUGCCUUCGGAAUCGGUAGUAAGAUCGACGACAACGAACUACUCAGCAUUGCAAACAACGAGACUGAUAACGUGCUCAAGACGCAUUCGUACGCCACGCUGAAAGAGCAUAUAGCCUUGGUGGCCCGUCUGGCGAAGUCGAUGCCGCAGACCCCGAAACUUGGAUCGUUGACGAGGGACACGAUGAAGAAGGCCGGCGAGAGGAGGUACUAUCGAUUCGCGGUGUCGCCGACCGGUGCGACCGUCAUCCUGGACGACGAGUGGGGCCAAACUCGUGGCUACUGGACCUUUGCAGCCGAGCGGCCGUCCAGCGCCUUCCACGAUGGGGUCCUUACCGAGGGCGAGACUUAUAUCGAACCGCCAAGACUCCAGGAAAAUCGGAGUGACACGGGCGGUGGCGGGGGUAGAGUGGUCCUCUGGUGGGAUGUCAAUUGA